CCCUAAAAAAUAGUGUGUGACACAAGCUCUUUUUUCAUUUAUUAAUGAGUAUCCAUACUUUGUGGGAAUCAUCGAUACCCACUAGAUACUAUAUCGACACCACAUAAUGGACACGUCCAUCACUCACAAGUACUGUGUUGCGGGUGAAUCAACAGGUCAAGGCUAAGAAAAGCCGAAACAAUGAGUGGGCUUGCAUGUUUUAAAAAUUGUGGUUCCGUGAUGGUAACGGGGGCUAACCGAGGCCUGGGACUGCAGUUGGUCGCUAGUCUGGUCACUGGAGGAUUUUCACCAGGGAAGAUUAUCGCCACUGCCAGAGACCCCUCCAGCGCUCUGAAACUUCAUGAAUUGGCGAAGAAGCAUCCCAACGUCCACAUAAUCGCUCUGGAUGUGCGGAGUCAGGAGGGUAUCCAGAAGUGUGUGGAAGAGGUGCAUCAGCUGGUGCAGGAGGAAGGUCUGACCUGCCUCAUAAACAAUGCAGGAAUCAAUGUGGUGGCUAACCUCCAUACUGUAACUGCUGAGAACAUGAUUGAGAACUUCCACACUAAUGCUGUGGCUCCUCUAAUGAUCACCAAGGCCUUCCUUCCUCUUCUGAAGCGAGCUGCAUCCAGAGGAGCAUGCGGCACAGUGAGCAUGGGCAUCCAGAGGGCAGCUGUCAUUAACAUGACUUCUCUACUUGGCUCUAUAGAGCUCAUAAGUGCGGAGCAGAUGAACAGCUUCAACUGGUACCCCUAUCGAGCAUCUAAGAGUGCCCUCAACAUGGUGAGCCGCUGUAUGGCGAUAGACCUGGAACCUGAUGGAAUCCUCUGUGUGGCUAUACACCCAGGCUGGGUCCGCACUGACAUGGGAGGUUCUCAGGCUCCACUGAGUCCUGAAGAGAGUACUUCUUCUCUUUUGUCUGUUCUUGGUGGACUGAGUGAGAAGGAUCAUGGUUCAUUUUUGAACUACACAGGAGAGCCACUGCCUUGGUGAUCCUAAUUAUAUUUCUUUAUUGAGCAAUCUUAUUGAGUGGGUUGCAAGGUAUUUCAGAUUUGUUUUUUUGAUUGAACAAUUAGAAGAAAUUAUGUUUUGAUCAAAAAAAAGUGCUGUAAGACAUACAGUUGGAUCAUUAUCACUAUUGGUGAUAGUCCAGGUGUGCAAUAUGUAUUUUAAUUUUUUUUAUUUUUGACGAGUAGCUAAUUUGAUAAACAACACAAUUUUUUCAGUUUAUUAUAUUACACAACUUAGUGUGGUUCCAGACGUUUAUGUAUGAAGUCCUUGAGAACCACAGCACACCCUGGGAUGCUUGCUAUUGUGAAUUUUGGCUGCAGUUGAUAUUUGUUUUAUCAGCGUGUAUCUUUAGCAUUUAUGUACUAACAUAAUGUAAUUAUACAUAUCGUAACACUUG